UGAAACUGUUGUUAGGCUCGGGGAAGCUAAGCUGUUGUUUCUUCACAGUAGCUUGCUACUGUGCUUGACAACGGGAAACCAUGAGUGAGUUCAGGAUACACCACGAUGUCAACGAAUUACUCAGUGUUCUGCAUGUACGAGGAGGCGAUGGUGCAGAGGUAUACAUCGAUCUACUACAGAAGAACAGAACUCCAUAUGUCACUACGACAGUAUCUGCGCACAGUGCUAAGGUCAAAAUUACUGAACACUCUAAAACACCAGAGGACUUCUUGAGGAAAUAUGAUGAACUGAAGUCUAAAAACGCGCGCAUCCUAGAUCCACUAGUAUAUCUUCUUUCGAAGCUGACUGAAGACAAAGAGACGCUGAAAUGUCUGCAGCAGAAUGCCAAGGAGAGGUCGGAAAUGUCAGCAAAUGCGACAUCAGCAACUGCUACAUCUUUAAAUAUUCCCCCAACAAGCACAAAGAUGACUAUGCAGGAGCUGGAAGAGCUGCGGAAAAAACUUGGAAAUGUCACUGCCAGCUCCAGUGUACCACAGUCUGCAGAAGUCAUUCGGAAGAUGCUCAGGGACAGACAUAACAAGAAGAACCCUGCACAGCCUAUUCCAGUAUUUCCAAACUGGGUGUAUGAUAGACCUGCUUUAAUAGGAGAUUUUAUCACCAGCACUGCUCCGGUGGGAGAUCCAGUGGUGGCCAUUGGAACGCUGCCUUUGGCUGCCCAAGAGCAGGCGCUGGUUGAAGAUCUUCUCUUUGUGCUUAUUGGUGUGGAUGGAAGAGACAUCAUCGCCCAGCCUGUGCUUGGCAGACAGAGUCGCUCUUUCAUCAUUGAUUCUUCUCUUGACAUGUCAGUCAAAGAGCUUGUAAACCGGAUAUUGCCAGUUGCAUCUAGUUACUCAACUAUAACACGCUUCAUUGAAGAGAAGUCCUCAUUUGAGUACGGCCAGGUGAACCAUGCUCUCACGGCUGCGAUGAGGACUUUAAUGAAGGAGUAUCUGAUCCUGGUGACCCAGCUGGAACACUUACACAGACAGGGCAUGCUGUCUCUGCAGAAACUGUGGUUUUACAUCCAGCCCACCAUGCGUACCAUGGAAAUACUCGCUUCUAUCGCCACCUCAGUUGACAAGGGGGAGUGCAUGGGAGGGUCGACACUGAGCCUGCUUCACGACCGCACCUUCAAUUACACAGGAGAUAGCCAGGCCCAAGAACUGUGCCUGUACCUCACCAAAGCAGCAAGUGUCCCUUAUUUUGAAACUCUGGAGAAAUGGAUCUACAGGGGAAUCAUAAAAGACCCGUACAGUGAAUUCAUGGUUGAGGAACAUGAACUACAGAAAGAGAAGAUUCAAGAAGACUACAAUGACAAGUACUGGGACCAGAGAUACACUAUCGUGCAACACAGGAUCCCUUCCUUCCUUCAGAAAAUGGCUGAUAAAAUUUUAAGCACAGGGAAGUAUCUAAAUGUUGUGAGGGAGUGCGGUCGUGACGUGACCUGCCCAGAUGCCAAAGAGGUUCUUUACACUCUGAAAGAGAGAGCAUAUGUGGAGCAGAUUGAGAAAGCGUAUUACUACGCCAGUAAAGUUCUCCUGGACUUCCUUAUGGAGGAGAAGGAGCUGGUGUCACGGCUGAGGUCAAUUAAACACUACUUUUUAAUGGACAAAGGCGAUUUCUUUGUCCACUUCAUGGACCUGACUGAAGAGGAACUGAAGAAACCAGUUGAUGACAUCAUCCCUCCCCGGCUGGAGGCGCUGUUGGAACUGGCUCUGAGGACAAGCACAGCUAAUACAGACCCGUUCAAAGAUGAUUUAAAGAUUGACCUGAUGCCUCAUGAUGUCAUCACUCAGCUGUUGCGAGUUCUUGCCAUCGAGACCAAGCAGGAGAAGGCCAUCAUCAACGCAGACCCCACAGAUGUGGCUCUGAGCGGCCUGGAGGCUUUCUCCUUCGACUAUAUCGUCAAGUGGCCUUUGUCCCUUAUAAUUAACCGGAAAGCACUGACCAGGUACCAAAUGUUGUUCAGACACAUGUUUUACUGCAAACAUGUGGAGAGGCUGCUUUGCAAUGUAUGGAUCAGCAACAAAGCAGCCAAACAGUAUUCCCUGCACUCCGCUAAAUGGUUUGCUGCAGCGUUUGCCCUGAGGCAGCGCAUGCUGAAUUUUGUGCAGAACAUCCAGUAUUACAUGAUGUUUGAGGUCAUGGAACCAACAUGGCACAUUAUGGAGAAUAACCUGAAAUCAGCCUCAAACAUUGAUGAUGUGCUGUGCCAUCACACCAGUUUCCUUGACAACUGUCUGAAAGACUGUAUGUUAACCAAUCCAGAGCUCCUCAAGAUCUUCUCCAAGCUCAUGUCUGUCUGUGUCAUGUUCACCAACUGUAUGCAGAGAUUUACUCAGAGCAUGAGGAUGGACAGUGAGAUGAAUCGCCUGACACUGGAGCAUGGAACCAUGGACGGUCCGCCAACUCAGAGUGAACGCUCGGAAGAGACGGAGAAGAAAAGACUGACCUCUAAGUUUUUAGCUGAACAUGUGGAUGCCCUGCAGUCUGACUCAGGGUUUGAGGCCACGAUCAGCAAGUUUGACAGUAACUUCAGUUCCCUCCUGUUGGAUCUGCUGGACAAGCUUAGCAUCUACAGCACCAACGACUGUGAGCACAGCAUGAUCAAUAUCAUCUACAGGCUUGACUUCAAUGGGUUUUACACAGAGCGACUGGAGCGGAUGGCCAUUGAGAGGAGUCAGAAGGCUACUGCAUAGCUCUGGAGGUUAAAUUUGUGAAAAGUGCAUGAACAGCAAUAAGACCCCCUGACACAACCUGCUCUCUCAUACCAUUGACUAAGAAGACUUUGUGC